UCCUAGUACAAGUGGAACAGUACGUGCGUCUAGGGUGCUUUGAGCUGGUGUUUGGUGAACAGACGUAAAUCCCUCAAGUCACAACAGAGUCGCGGAUAAUAGCAACCAUACAGAGAUGAAUCGCAUUGCAGUGGUAUUGGUCUGCCUGGCUUUGGUGGAUUCUGCUGUGGCCAGACGAGGAGGUGGAGGUGGCUUUAAAGGUGGUUUAAGCUGGGGUAAAGGCAGCACAGGUAGUAAAGGAACUAACACUGGAAGCAAAGGGGGCAGCAGCAGCAGAGGAUCCUCAUCUGGAGGAACACACUCCAAACCAGCGAAUUACCCUCGGCAGCCUCAGAUACCUAACCAAAAUCCCCCACCAUAUCCUGGCACUGGUGGAGGCUCUUCCCCAGGAAGAGGAGGAGUUGGAGGGUAUCCAAAUCAAGGAGGAUAUCCCAAUCAAGGAGGGUAUCCAGGUGCAGGAUCUUUUCCAGGUGCUGGGGCUCGCCCAGGUGCAGGAUCCUAUCCAGGUGGAGGAUCCUAUCCAGGUGGAGGAUCAUAUCCAGGUGCCGGAGCUCGUCCAGGUGCUGGUUCAUAUCCAGGUGCGGGUUCAUAUCCCAACAGCUAUCCAGGACGGGGUGGAAACCCUUAUCCACAAGGAGGCUCUUACCCUGGAUACCCAGUUCGAGGAGGAUCUUAUCCUGGUUCCAAUCCCAACCCUUAUGGUGGUGUAGGAGGUGCAGGAGGAUACCCUGGUGGAGCACAGUACCCCUACUGGAACCCCAACAAUAAAAUUAUCAGCCCACGUUAUGGUGGCAGCUAUGGAUAUGGUGGAUCGUAUGGUGCUGGAGGCUCUCCUUUUGCCCAGUCUGUGCAUACAAUGGGCAUGAGGCCCUCUCUCCAAUCCAAGGGGUUUGGUAAACAGGCAGUGCUAGCUGCUGGAGUUGGUGCUGUUGCUGGAAUGGCGUUAGGUUAUGGCCUUGGCAGUUUCCCACGUCCACACUUUAUGUUUCACAGCCCACAAGAAGAAUAUUAUUAUAACCACUACAUGUACAGGCGCUACGGCACCAGACCUGACAGUAACACAAACCCAGCUUCUCCAGAUAAUAGGCCAGGUGAUUCUGGAUCUAAUACAGGUGGAGUAAAUGCUCAUGAUAUCUUUAAAAAUCCUCCACCGCAGUCAUACGACCACUUUAUGAACAGCUGUAUGAAAAGAACUGAUUUGUUGCGGCAGGAGCAGGGCAGAACUACAAGAGCUGCUGAAGACCCGAUGGACACAGUGAACAGUGAUUCAGUUUUUAGUAGAGAUGAGCCAAGUAUUCCACAAGAGGAUAAACCAGCUGGAGUGGAAGAGGCUCAGGUCUUAGACGGCACUGCUGAAGGUGAGAACUACGGAGAAGGUUUUGAGGCAAACGACACAACCGGUAGCCCCUCACUAUUUGCUGCAAAGCUUACUGGUGCUAUAGUUCCAUCACCUCAGCCUCAGGAGAAGAAUGACGAGACGAAUGAAGAGGAUGAUGAUACCGUGAGCAUAAUGGAAAUCGGAUAUCCUGCACUGAUAGAGCAACUAAAAGCACGCCGCUGCAUUGAACUUUACAUGGUUUAUGCAGAGCGUAACGCUGAGCCGCAGGUCCAAGGGCGUAGUAGCACUGUUGGAGAGUCUAAUGCAAGAGGAGGAGGAGAGCGGCCCCUGCCUUUUAGCCACGUGAUUUUACUAGGGCUAAGCAGCACUAUCUCUCUGCUUUUAAGCUCCCUACUGUUACACUGAUCCUACAAAGCUUUUUCAAAACCCCUCUACAGCACCCUCUGUCGUAAAAUGUAAGGCAAUGUAAUGAGAAAAAUGUAACUUCAGAAGUUACUUUAACCUCCCUAAGCAGCUCAAAUUGAUUAUUCCUUUCAGGGUUGCCACAGCGGUUUUUUAAUCUAUAUAUUUGAUUUGGCACAGUUUUAGUUUUACAUUCCUAUCUUACUAAAGACUGAUCUAAUGAGAAAACAAAGAGUUCUUAUUACAGUUGUGUAAUCAGUCCUAACUUAAAUCUCUAUAAAAGCUGUAGCCUUAGAUUAAAAAUGUUCUAGAUUUUUCUCCACCAAACACUUAUCUGUGGGAAACGCUGAACUGUGAGGGAGCUAUGAAAGCUAGGAAAACAGUUCAAACAUAAAGAAAGCAUGGCGACCUAUCAUUACUAUCAUUAUGAAUGUUCCGAUUCGUUCUUUUCAUCAACGGCAUCUGAUUUGUCUAGCAAUUAACAUCAGCUGCAGACACACAGAAAGAUGGAGAGAAAAGAAAGUUAGAGUGCUCUAUGAAUGUACACUAAGUUCACAGCACUGUCAUUCAGGUUUUUAUACAAAUUUUGGACGCACAUAUUCGUUUUGACAUUAUCUAAGGUGUGCUUACAAAUGUUUUUGCUUGCCUAUUUUAUGUAGGCAUUGAGGUAAGACUGGACUAACAUAACCAUUAUUUAUCAAAUUUAAGAAGGCUUCUAAAUGUUAUUUAAAUACACAGGUAUAUUUUUCUUUUUUCUUAAAGCUGCAUGUUGCAUUUUUUAAGACAGGCAAUAGGAAUUAACUAUCUGUUUGAAUAAGUGACCUGCAAGUUGAGCUCAACUGUUAAUAUAUUUUCUGUGGUUUUAGGAAAAGCAAAGUUUUUUUUUAGCAUGACCUUAUGGGUUAGGAGGCCCUGGUCUGAACUACUGUACCACAUUUUGGUAAAUGGGUUACUAUGAUGCAAGCAUAGGCUGAUUGCCUACUUUUUUGAUUGUAGAAAACACUGUACUAUUUAACAAUGUGUUGUAGCGUGUUAAUAUAGCUGAAUUGAGGACUACACUGAUGAACGUUAAUGGUCUUUGUAUUUAUUAUUUUAUUGUAAUUGAACUUAUUGUUAUAGUCACUAUUCAUUUGUUCAUGCUUAGUUCCAAAUUAAACACAGUGUAAAUGUU